AUGGCUCUUGCAGACAUAAUUGAGAGUCAAAUCAGGCUUACAGAAGCUACGCAACUUUAUGAAAAAACAGUAAAUAUAAAGAGACAAACUGGUGAAAAAGUUCGAGAAGGAAACGCCUGUGCUAGACUCGGAAUUAUCUUCCAUAAACUUGGCGAAAACCUAAUAGCGAAAGAGUAUCUUGAGAAAGCCCUUGCCAUAACAACGGAAAUCGGCGACAAAUGUGGAGGGGCAUACUGUUACGGAAACCUAGGAGCGUUCCCUCAGUCUAUGUUGCUCGGGAAAUACCACAGAGCUAAAGAGUAUCUCGAAAAAGCGCUCGUCAUCAGAACGAAAAUUGGCGACAGAAAAGGAGAGGCAGCUGACUACGGAAACCUAAGAACUGUGUAUCAGUCGCUCGGGCAAUACGAUAAGGCUAAAGAGGAUUUCGACAAGGCUCUUGUCAUUGGAACUGAAAUUGGCAACAGAGGACUAGAAGCAGCCGUGUUCGGAAACCUAGGUACUGUGUUUCAGUCCCGCGGCGACAGAAAAGGAGAAGUAGCUGGCUAUGGAAACCUGGGAAAUGUGUUUCAGUCGCUCGGGCAAUACAACAAGGCUAAAGAGUAUCACGAAAAGUCGCUUGACAUCAAUCCUGAAAUUGGCGACAGAAGAGGAGAGGUAGCCGAUCGUGGAAGCUUAGGUAUUGUGUUUCAGUCGCUUGGGCAAUACGACAAGGCUAAAGAGUAUCAUGAAAAGGCGUUUGACAUGAAUUCUGAAAUUGGCGAUAGAAGAGGAGAGGCAGCCCAUUACGGAAAGCUAGUUUAUGAUUUGCUUGAGGAGUCUGAAGUCACUAUUGUUCCUGACCGCACUUUGUACAAAGUUCCCUUCGCUGCCCUGAGUGCAAAGGAGGGAGCCGAAUACCUCUCUGAGACUCGUAGGAUCCGUGUCAUUCCUUCUUUGACGACACUCAAGAUCAUUCAUGACAGCCCUGAGGACUAUCACAGCAAUACUGGUGCCCUGAUAAUAGGCAAUCCCAAGGUUGAUUGGCUGCUGCCAUUGUCAGGUGCUAGAAAGGAAGCGGAGAUGGUCGGACGACUGGUGGGCGUUCCGCCCCUGGUAGAAGGGGAAGCAACAAUGGAGGCGUCCAAACACUAUCCCACCAAAAGAAGCUUAUAUGUUGAACAUGGCUGA